AUGACCUCGACGAAGCCGAUCAUCACGUUUUCAUGGCUGUUGCGAUCCUACAAGAGGCCUAGGUUUAAGCUGGAAUGGCUCGGUUUCGUGUUCGCCUGCCUUUUGUCCAGUUGCUCGGCAAGGAACAAUCCACCGCGUUUCCUGAUCGACGGCCAAACGGAAAUCAUUCUCAGGCAGAAAGAAGGUCCUGAUACGCCAGUUGGCAGUUUAAUUUACAGGCUUCGCGGCAUCGAUCCUGACGGUGACAGCCUGACGUUCGGCGUUAGAGAUCAACCUGGCAGCGACGUGAUUCGGGUCGAGAAUUUUAGCCCAACCGAGGCCAAUAUUUACUUGAACAAAUUGCUGGACAGAGAGGUGAGGGACGAGUACGCGUUGGUGUUGACUCUGACAGAUGGAAGAUUGGGCGAGGGAAAUUUCAUCACGCAAAGUUUAUUGCUGCUUGUCGAAGAUGUUAAUGACAACGUGCCAAUAUUUCGUCCGCACCCGACUUCCUUGACGUUACGCGAGGAUUCCGGGCCAAGCGUUUUAACAACGGUCGAAGCCACGGACGCGGACUUGGGGGCGCACGGCCAGGUGGUUUACUACCUGCAGGAACUGGACGGGGAUAAUGACGUGUUCAGUAUUUCGACCGUCAAUGGAAAAGGUGUCAUCCGGUUGGUCGGCCGCCUCGAUUACGAAAAGAAAUAUUUGUACCAGUUGAGGAUUUUGGCGAUCGAUCGAGCGAUAAACGAAAAGGUAAAUACAGGAACAACCGCGAUACUCGUCAAAGUUCAGGACGUCGAGGAUCAACCUCCGGAGUUCAUAACCAUGACACCUGUUGCCAGAAUCAGUGAGAAUGCUAGGAUAGGCACAUCCGUUCUCCACGUGCGCGCAGUGGACGGCGACAAGGGAAUAAACAACAAAAUCGUAUACAGCAUCACCCAAGGGCCGAGAUAUCUGUUCGACAUAGACGCGACAUCCGGCCUGGUGUUCACCAGGGCGCAACUCGAUCGAGAAGCGGAGGAGAACGCCGACGGCACUUUCAUCCUGGAAAUCACCGUGAGAGAAGUGUCGAAAGUCGUGCCCGCGCCAUCGGUUUCCACCGAAGUCACCAUCAUUCUGACGGACGUGAACGACGAGGCCCCCAAGUUUCGUAGCCCGAGAUAUCGUGCCGAGAUAAACGAGAACGCGCCGUACAAUACACCGGUCAAUUUCAUCGGUGAUGCGAUACCGGAAGUUUACGAUCACGACUUGGGUACAAAUGGUACGUUCAGAAUGUUCAUCGAAGGUGAUGACGGAAUUUUCGACGUAACCCCGUCCAGAGGAAUCAACGAAGCUCCCUUCCUUAUACGCGUCAAAAAUUCCAGCAAGCUGGAUUUCGAAACUAGAUCGGCGGUAAAUUUCACGUUAAUCGCGAAGGAAGUGGUGACAUCGGCACCGAAACUUAGCAAAGUGCCGGUAGUCGUUUUCGUAAAAGAUCAGAACGAUAAUUAUCCGGAGUUCACGGAAGACAAAUACGAGGUAUCGAUUCCGGAAAACUGCGCUGUUGGAACCACGGUGGCGUGGGUUCAAGCCUUGGACGAGGACAGUGACAAUUUUGGGACGCAUGGGAUUAGAUAUACGAAUUUAGGUGGCAGUAUUGCACACGCACUAUCAAUGGAUCCUUUAACAGGGAUAAUCACGGUUAAGGAACCCGGGACAAGUUUCGACCGAGAACUGGUAUCUCGGCAUUACUUAACCGUGGAAGCGAGAGACGAUCUUGGGAAAGGGAAUCGCAAUACCGUCCAACUGAUCGUCAAUGUAAACGACGUUAACGACAAUGCGCCCAUAUUUCUGCAAAACAAAUACGAAGCGGUGCUUCUUGAAAACGAGGAUCAUUUUCAAUCGCCAUUAAUCGUCGAGGCAUUCGACAUCGAUUUGAACGGUACCAAGAACAGCGAAGUGGUGUACGCUUUGGUGUCGGGAGAAUUUUCGAGGAAUUUCAGUAUCGAUUCGAGGCAAGGGAUUAUCACCCCUACAACACCUUUGGAUUACGAAGCUUUGCCAAUCAGUCAAGGGCACAAGGAAACGUCGGUACGCCCGUUGAGAUUGACAGUGCGGGCCAGGGAUAUGGGUAGCCCAAGCCUGAGCUCGGACGCGCCAUUAAUUAUUUACCUGAAGGACAUCAACGAUAACGCGCCCGCAUUCGAGAGAACGUUGUACAAAAGAAGCAUUCCCGAGGAUCUGCCUGGUGGCACCAGUGUGGUUCAAGUCAAAGCUUGGGACAAGGAUUUGUCCUCGCCCAACAACAAAUUAGUGUAUCGAAUCCAAAGCGGUGCAGGCGAUAAAUUCGUAAUAAGCCCGGAAAUAGGGGUAAUUAGGGUUGCGCCGGGAUCUAAUUUAGAUCCUGAUCUAACCUCGCCGAAAACAACGAGGUACAGCUUGAACGUUAUCGCGAUCGACAGUGGGACGGAGAUUCAAAGAACGGCCGAAGUUCUAGUCAAUAUCACUAUCGUCGAUGUUAAUAAUAAACCACCUGUUUUCAUCGAUCCUGGUACAGUGACUAUUCGUGAAAAUACGCAGGUUGGAGCUUACGUGCACCGUGUUGUUGCUAAUGAUCCAGACAUCGCGCCUAUAUUGCGUUACCGUAUCGAUCCGAAUUCUUCGGAGGCAAGAAACGAGGAAGGGACGUUGAUCAAGAUCCAAGAGUACGAUUAUCUGUCCACGUUGGAAUUGAACGCACUCGAUGGAUUGCUUCGCGUAGUCAAAUUGUUAGACAGAGAAAGGGUGGAGACGAUAAGAUUGGGAUUGAUCGUUGAAGAUUUGGCUGCGAUCAGGGGGAUACAGACUGCAUCCGCCACGUUGAACAUAAUAAUCGAGGACGAGAACGAUAACAAUCCACGAUUCCGCCGGCCAUUUUACAGACGAUCGGUGACAGAGAACAGUAAAAAUGGUGUGAACAUCGCGAACAUCGUGGCUGAUGACGCUGACAAAAAUCGGAGCAUUACGUAUUCCUUGGAAAGUCCUAAAGAGCUCACGGAUUUAGUCCAUCUUGACUCUGAAACGGGUGAAAUGGUGGUUGCGAACAAGAUCGAUAGAGAGCAAUAUUCCUGGCUCAAUCUGUCGGUUCGAGCCACCGACUCAGGAAUUCCACCCAGAUCAAGUCUUUCCGAAGUGUACGUUCAAGUAUUGGAUGAAAAUGAUAAUAAUCCAUACUUUGUCACUGACAUUAAUAAUCUGAACGUGAUGGAAAAUUCUAAAAUUGGUACAGAGAUUGCCACGAUCCAAGCUAGAGAUCCCGACAGCGGAGAUUAUGGAAAGAUUACGUAUCUUUUAGACAGAAUGUCAUCCGAGGGCACGUUUGCCAUCCAUCCUGAAACUGGUGCAUUGACUGUAGCAGAUUCGAUUGAUUGGGAAGUGAAACAAAAUUACGUUCUAGUCAUAGAGGCUUGGGAUAAUUAUCAAUUUGGUUACACUGCUGGUGAAUCGAGAAAUGCUUUCAAACAGAUCCAGGUGACGGUGACGGAUGUUAACGACAACCCACCAAAAAUGGACGUACCCCCGACAUGCGUUACAAUAUCAGAGUUCCACGACAUUAAAGAUCUUAUUUUCGCCGUGAAAGCGAAGGAUGCGGAUGAUCCGAAGACGCCAAAUGGCCGCGUGAAAAUUCGAAUUCUUUUCGGGAAUGAAUUAGGUCUGUUCAUGUUGGAGCAAACGGAUUAUUGGACAGCGAAUAUAAAAGCAGCGCACCCUCUUCGAGGAAAAUUCGGGAAUUAUUCGUUGCAUCUGGAAGCACGAGAUCUCGGCAGUCCAUCUAACAAAGACACUGCUGUUCUGCACAUCUGUGUGACCGAUUACAACGACAAUCCGCCAUUGUUUAUCAGUCCACAUCACAAUACGACUAUUCGAAUACCAGAGAACGUAACAGUUGGAACACCGAUCAUACAAAUCGAAGCCAAAGACGCCGAUACCGGUCCAAAUGGGGAUGUUCAUUACCGUUUGAAGCAAGACUUGGCCGGCCAUUGGAGAACUUUUCACAUCGACGAUGUAACUGGAAUUAUCUCGUUAAAACUUCCUUUGGACAGAGAAACGCAAAAAUUGUACGAGAUCAGAGUGGAAGCUUACGAUCUAGGAACUCCAACCCCGCUCAGCACGGAUCUAGAUCUAAUAAUCUACGUGCGAAACAUUAACGACUACGAACCUCAAUUUUUGCUAGACGUAUUCAACAUCAACUUUACGGAAGAACAAGCUCCAGGAACCGAAACGGUACAAUUGCCGGAAACAAUCGACAAAGACGAGGUUGAUGAUCUCGAUGAUCCCCCGACCCAAGUGUGCUACUUCAUAAUCAACGGGAACGACGACGGCCUCUUCAUCCUUGACAUUUUUAAACACGAGUUAACCACCGCCAGGAUAUUGGACAGGGAGCAGCAAGAGGAACAUUUGUUGAUCAUCAAAGCGACAGAGGAUUGUAACAUCGUUCCGGCGAACGAGACGUUGUUCGACGAAACGAACGACACCACGUUGAAAGUUGUUAUAAACGUGAUGGAUAUAAAUGACAACCCGCCCAAGUUUGUCAGUAAAAUAUUUACGGGAGGGGUUACGACCGAAGCUGAUUUUGGCUCCCAAUUUAUGCAAAUCAAGGCGAUCGAUUUGGACGCGGAUGACAACGCCGUGGUCAAUUAUUAUCAAAUUGGUAAGAUACACAUGACUUUGACAGAGGGUUUAGACGAUAUCGAGUUACAACCGUUUCUUGUUAACAAACUCACGGGGGUAGUGAGCUUAAAUUUUGAUCCUCAAAGAGGGAUGAAAGGAUAUUUCGACUUUAUGGUGCUGGCAAAUGAUACUUACGGGUUAGAAGAUACCGCGAGGGUAUUUAUUUAUUUAUUAAGAGAGGAUCAGAGAGUUCGUUUUGUAUUGCGACAACAUCCACCAGAAAUAAGGAAUAAGAUAGAAACGUUUAGAGAAAUAUUGGGGAACGUGACCGGGGCUAUAGUCAACAUAGACGAAUACAAGAUUCACGAGAAUCACGAUGGCUCUGUCGAUCGAACAAAGACCGACUUGUACAUGCACCUUGUAAAUCGUCGAGACAAUUCCAUUCUCGAAGUGUCGGAGGUUCUCGAAUUGGUGGACAGAAAUAUAGAGAAGCUCGACGGUCUGUUCAAGGAAUUCAAUGUUCUGGACACGCAAGCGGCCCAGUAUCAACCGAUUGUUCAGUACGAGCAAGCGGGAACCACUUUUUGGCUUUUGACUUUGACCUUGUUUCUGGGUGCUCUGCUAAUUCUCUGCAUAGCCCUCUGUAUCUCGCAGAGGGCCUCGUUUCGAAGGCAAUUGAAAGCAGCUAACGCCACCCCGUUUGGAACCUCGGACGCGGAAUUUAUCAGAGGACCCGGCCGCGUACCGAACACGAACAAGCACAGCGUGGAAGGUUCCAAUCCCAUAUGGAUGCAUGCUUACGAGAACGAAUGGUUUAAAAGUGACGAAUCGAUCAGUCAUAUGUCCGAAAGAGACUCUUUGGACGAAAAUGCGCUGAACAACGAAGAGAUAAUGAACGAAGCUAACGCAAACCAAAGAAACGAUGAUAAACCGUAUUAUAUCGAGCCAAGAGUGUCUUCCAUUUCGAGCGCGGAAAGUAUUCCAGAUAUACCAAAUGACUUCCAUCGAAGUUCACCCAUAUAUAGAAUGCAAAAUAAUAUCGUCAAUCCUCUUGGCAAAAAAAUAGAAACGACAGAGCUGUAAUUGAACAACGAUCAAC